GGAGAUGCAGUCUCUGAACUCCUCCCACAACAGUUCAAAUAAAGCUGACUUGUUCCCAGUGCUUUUCCUUAUUUCUCCUGUAGCUCGUGUCAGGCUCUUACUGCAACGAAGUCAUGAUGUUUGUGUUUACGCUGUUUUCAGCAACCACCUGGACUUUGCUGGCUCUGGUUUUCACCCUGUUAUUGCUGGAUGGCGUUUGGCCAUACAGGUUUUUCAGAAAGCUGGGAAUUCCAGGACCAAGGCCUCUGCCUUUCAUUGGAACAAUGCAUUACUUGAAGAAGGGAAUCCUUUCUUUCGAUCGUGAGUGCCAAGCCAAGUACGGGGAUGUUUGGGGGUUGUAUGAUGCACGUUCACCAAUUUUAAUGGUGGCAGACCCUGAGAUUAUUAAAACUGUGAUGGUGAAGGAGUGCUACUCUGUGUUUACCAACCGCAGGGACAACACUGUAGUGUCCGGACCUAUGGAGGAUGCAGUUUCAGUAGUUAAAGAUGAAAGGUGGAAAAGAAUUCGGAGCACUGUGUCUCCAUGCUUCACCAGUGGAAGAGUCAAACAGGUUGGUGUCAUACCUGAGCUCACCAAUCACUUCUGCAUUAAGCCUCCAGAUGUACAAUCGGAUACAAGCAGAUAAACAGCACCUC